AUUAGGAAAUCUUGUACAUUUUUCAGGGAAAUUUAGUACAAAAAAGUGGUACCCCUGUGGACACACUGCAUGUUCAGUUUUUCAGUUAUCAACAAAAAUACGUAACAAACAAACUGUACUUCCAUGGCAGUCGUUGAAGUUGACUGUAGGAAUUUAAAAAAUAAUCCAAAAUGUCCCCAUGGCCCAACAUUAAAGUUUGUCAAGAUCGACAAAGACCAGAAACAGGAGUUCUAUGCCUGUUCAACAUAUCGGGACAGAAAGGACUGCAGCUUCUAUCUACGGGUAGGAGACAAACUGACUGACAAGAUCAAACAAUUGUGGGACCAAGAGCGGAACAAGUUGCCAGUUGUAAACUAUGAGCUGUUAGAAGAGAGGUUACAAGAAGUCCGCAAUGUUUUACCCAAGGAGAGACUUUAUUGCCACUCUUGCAAUGAGCUGGACCUUGCAGCCAGGAGAGAUAAUCAUCAGUCACACCAAGUUCAAACAGUAAUACCAGACACGAUUCUCUCACAUCCGUCAAAAAUUCUCAGGACAAAAGAAGGCAACAAAAAGGAGGCACAGUAUCUGUUUUCAUCAAUUAGCACCAAGGUGAUUGUGGACAAUCUACAGCGAGCGGAUGUAUCAAGAGUUUUGUGCAUCGGAACUCCACGAAUCCACGAACACAUUCAAGCAAUGAAUAGCAGAAUGGAAUCACUUUUAUUGGAUACAGACCAUAGAUAUCAUUCGUUCUGGCGUGACAAGUUUGUGUGGUUCAAUAUGUUCAAUCGAUACUUCUACUCCUCUAGUCCCGAGCCGAAGAGAGUUUUGCGAAAGUUUCUGUCAGGUUUUGAUCGAGGAGCGCUGGUCAUUGAUCCUCCGUUUGGUGGACGUGACCCUUUAACCGCAACUAUCAAACAUUUCUCCAAACUCUACUCGAAAAAGAACCCUGAAAAUGAUCUGAAAGUGGUUUGGAUUUUCCCAUAUUUCCGGGAGCGACAUGUCACACAAAAGUUGCCUCACUUGAAGAUGUUGGACUACAAAGUUGAGUACGACAAUCACAGGGAUUAUAGUUCGAAACGCAAGUUAGGAUCACCCGCAAGGUUGUUUACCAACCUAGACCCGUCUCAGUUUGUUCUACCAGAAUCUGAAGGCUACAGAUUUUGUCAGCCUUGCUCAAAAUGGGUUUCACCCGAAAACAACCAUUGCAAGAAAUGCAACGCAUGCACUUCUAAGAAUGGCCGAACGUACAAGCACUGUGAUGAGUGUAGGAGAUGUGUGAAGCCGCGAUGGCAGCACUGCAACACAUGUCGAGACUGUUUACCUGUAGAUCACAUCUGCGGUAGUCAGGUAUUCCAGUCACCGAACGAAAACAUAGAACCAAGACACAAAAGGAUAAGAAAAAUGAAAAUGGUGAUGAAGAACAAAAAUAAAAAAUAAAUUAAAAUCGUCUAAACACAA